AUGGACCACCGACUGAUGAACGAAGUACCAGACGUGAUCCUUCGAUCAGGAGAUGGUCAGGAGUACAAAGCUCACAAAUAUCUGUUGUCACUUGCGUCCCCUGUGUUUUCAACCAUGUUUACCCUGCCUCAGGGUUCGGAAUCGCCGUCGUCGCCAUCCAAUCGCGAUGGACUACCUGUGGUGGACAUGCUUGGAGAUAAUGGCAAAGUUUUGCAGCGCUUGCUCGAAAUGUGCAAUCCUACAUAUUUGCACGAGGAAAAGCCUGUAAAGACGCUGGAUGAAUGGAAGGAAGUGUUUGCCAUGGCACAAAAGUUCGAGAUGAAAGGGGUGGGAUACUACCUCCGCAGAAAUCCGGGGUGGUUCGCCGAAAAGGAACCCUUGCGAGUUGUUUCUCUCGCAGUGCAGUCGAAAAAUGCCGCAAUAGCACGGAAAGCUGCCUCAUCUUGCCUCGCAGUUCCCUUCAAAGAUUGGAAAGUGUUCCCAGAAAUGGAGUCCAUAACGGGAGGAGAUCUUCAAGGAUUGCAUAACUACUAUAUCAAGUGUGGAGAAUCUGCCGCUGCGAUAGUAAAGACUUGUGACGAACGCCUAUGUCACUGCGUUGGGUUCCACUGCGUGGAAUGCGCCGCAAGCAACAGAUCGUUCAGUCAUUGGGACACGGCAGCUGUUGGAUGCACGGAAUACGAUGUAGAACUCGAAGAUCAGGAACACAGCGGUGCAAUACGCCUGUGGUGGUGGCAGUAUGCAGAAGGGCUGUGCCGUGCCCUUGAGGAGAAGCCUAAAGAGAAACGAUAAAGAAUUCGACUGAGCUUAUGCUUACGGCACUAGCUCGUGCAAACGAGUGCAGUUUCUGUAAAGAGAGAGCUGCGGAUCACAUUGCAGAAGACACGCGCUACCUGACGGAGCGGAUCGAUAGUACGAUUUCAGAGAUUACUUCGAAAGCAAUCUUUUUCAAAGCUAAUUACGCGAGCGUUGAAAUCAAACUAUGACUUACAAACACGGAAAGUCAAGAAGUGCCGUAUCAACUGUAAUUUGGGGGAUGUGAAUCAGUUCUUCAGUGCUCAGGUCAUGUGUACGAUAUCCGUUACGUGUUGUUCGAGGCCCUUAUUUUAUUUAUCAGAAAGCUGAAUGUAACGUGCUAACCUAUCAGUAAAUGACAUAGAGAAUCUCACCUGACUCAGUAUGGGGU